CUCUAUGAGGCAGAGGCCGCGGCGCCCGUUAACGCUGUCGCUCCGGGGGCCGCGGCGGGCGGGGCACCGGCGGGGCCCGGCCUAGUCCCCAGCCCGGCCCCCAGCCGCCCGCCCUACCUCCCUCUCCCCGAUGCAGGGGGCCGAGCUCCGGGAUGGCGAGGCGGCGGCGACGGCCGCCGCUUCGUACCGCGUCCUGAGCCGCCUCCUCGGCUACGGAGAGGCGGCCCCCGAGCCAGGCCCGCCGCCGCCGCCCCCGGGCCAUGGCCCCCCGCCGCCACCCUUCCUCGCGCGGCCUGGCCCGCGGGGCUCCCGGCCGCCGCAGCUGAUGGUGUUCCGCAACGUGGGUCGGCCGCCGGAGGAGGAGGACGCGGAGGCCGCCCCGGAGCCGGGACCCUCGGAACUGCUGUGUCCCCGGCACCGGUGUGCCCUGGACCCCAAGGCCCUGCCGCCGGGGUUGGCGCUUGAGCGGACCUGGGGCCCGGCGGCUGGACUAGAGGCGCAGUUGGCGGCUCUGGGACUCGGGCAGCCGGCGGGGCCAGGGGUCAAGACGGUCGGUGGGGGUUGCUGCCCGUGCCCGUGCCCCCCGCAGCAGCCCCCUCCACAGCCCCAGCCGCCUGCUGCCGCCCCGCAGGCCGGGGAGGACCCCACGGAAACGAGCGACGCGCUGCUGGUCCUGGAGGGCUUGGAAUCGGAGGCCGAGAGCCUGGAAACUAACAGCUGCUCGGAAGAGGAGCUCAGCAGCCCGGGCCGUGGAGGAGGAGGGGGCGGCCGGCUUCUGUUGCAGCCCCCAGGCCCAGAAUUACCCCCAGUGCCCUUCCCGCUGCAAGACUUGGUCCCUCCAGGGCGCCUGAGUAGAGGGGAGCAACAGCAGCAACCUCCCCCGCCUCCUCCUGUGCCACUCCGGCCACUCGCGGGCCCCUCUCGGAAGGGCUCCUUCAAAAUCCGCCUCAGUCGCCUCUUUCGCACGAAGAGCUGCAACGGUGGCCCCGGCGGUGGGGAUGGGACCGGCAAGAGGCCUUCUGGAGAGCUGGCUGCUUCAGCUGCGAGCCUGACAGACGUGGGAGGCUCUGCGGGCCCGGAGCUGGACGCGGGGAGGAAACCCAGGUUGACAAGAACUCAAAGUGCCUUUUCUCCAGUCUCCUUCAGCCCCCUGUUCACAGGUGAAACAGUGUCGCUUGUGGACGUGGACAUUUCUCAGCGGGGCCUGACCUCUCCACACCCUCCAACUCCCCCUCCUCCUCCGAGAAGAAGCCUCAGCCUCCUAGAUGAUAUCAGUGGGACGCUGCCUACAUCUGUCCUUGUGGCUCCGAUGGGGUCUUCCUUGCAGUCUUUCCCACUACCUCCGCCUCCUCCACCCCAUGCCCCAGAUGCGUUUCCCCGGAUUGCUCCUAUCCGAGCCGCUGAAUCCCUGCACAGCCAGCCCCCUCAGCACCUCCAGUGUCCUCUCUACCGUCCUGACUCGAGCAGCUUCGCAGCCAGCCUUCGAGAGCUGGAGAAGUGUGGUUGGUAUUGGGGGCCAAUGAAUUGGGAAGAUGCAGAGAUGAAGCUGAAAGGGAAGCCAGAUGGUUCUUUCCUGGUACGAGACAGUUCUGAUCCUCGUUACAUCCUGAGCCUCAGUUUCCGAUCACAGGGUAUCACCCACCACACUAGAAUGGAGCACUACAGAGGAACCUUCAGCCUUUGGUGUCACCCCAAGUUUGAGGAUCGCUGUCAGUCUGUGGUGGAGUUCAUUAAGAGAGCCAUCAUGCACUCCAAGAAUGGGAAGUUUCUCUAUUUCUUGAGAUCCAGGGUUCCAGGACUGCCACCAACUCCAGUCCAGCUGCUCUAUCCAGUGUCCCGAUUCAGCAAUGUCAAAUCCCUCCAGCACCUUUGCAGAUUCCGGAUCCGACAGCUUGUCCGGAUAGAUCACAUCCCGGAUCUCCCACUGCCUAAACCUCUGAUCUCUUAUAUCCGGAAGUUCUACUACUAUGAUCCUCAGGAAGAGGUAUAUCUGUCUCUAAAGGAAGCACAGCUCAUUUCCAGACAGAAGCAAGAGGUGGAACCCUCCACGUAGCGAGGGGCUCCUGCUGGUGGCCACCAAGGGCAUUUGGUUGCCAAGCUCCAGUUUUGAAGAACCAAAUGAAGCUACCAUGAAAAGAAGAGUGAGAAAAAACAAGACUGAAGAGGAAGGGCUGGGAUUCUCUGCGCAGACUUUGGUAUCCCUAUGCAGCCCUGGGGCUUAGAAGAAGCCCACAGCCAUACUCCUGGGUGGGGGUUCCACUGUCCACGUCCACCCCUGUGGUAUCCUGGAACUGGAUAAGCUCCUUGAAAAACUGGAAAAAGUCUCAACACUGUUUCUUUUUAGAAGUUUUGUUUUUGGUAUUGCAUUUCUUGAAAACUCAACCUCGAAGGCAGCUGGGGUUUGUGCCUGUUGGAUUGGAAGUGGUGCAAAGGGUGAGCAGGUCCAAAGGAGUGGGAGGAGAGGAGACAGUGGCUCAGCUGGUGCCAAAGGCAGAGUUAGUCUUCACCGUGGACUUCGAAGAAGGGAGGAGGAGCCAGAGAAGCACAAAACAGGAUCAGAAGUGUCCAAGGGAAGGAGAGUCUGCUUCCCAUUGCCGUGGGUUAGUUUCAGUAGGAGCAGGAGGGAAAGGAGGGUGGGUGGUCUCAAAGAGAAGAUUACUGGGUAAAAACUGGCAAAUGGCUUUUGCUGGGGGAAGUAGUGACUCCUCAAAUUCUUUCCUUUUAAGGUUUAGAAACCUGACUUCAGAAUCACCUCUCAUGGAAGCUGUAUUAGUUUUGUUUUACUAAAUUCCUUAAGCUCUCUGACCUGAAGUUAACCCCGUUCUUCUACCACCCUCAACUGGGUCCCCCUUGAGAUAACUGUACAUUUCACUCUGGUCAUGGUAACAUUAUUCCUGUUGCUUCCGCCAGCUGUCAAGGCAGUAGUAUUUCUCAUCACCUGAGCAGUUCAGAGCUCUAGUCACAGGCUACUGAGGUUAAUGGAGCACGCUUCCAGAUUCUUAAUGGCAAACCAUACCCAUGACUUAGGAGUUAGUGUUACCUCCGUAUGUCUGUCAGCUAGUGAGAGGAAGUGUGGAGGAAGGUGAGAAAUGAAACCAUUGAUUGUAGUUGCACUCUUCCCAGAGAAAGCUCCCUAGUAACUCAGCCCUAAUGGGAUUUCCUUAAAUCAGAGGGGGAUAGCACCACAGCUCAUGUUUUUAGGUUUAUCAUUGGGUCAGGAGGUAGCAAGGGCCUUUUUAUUUUCCAGUGUUAUUCUAGCAACCCACACAUUUCCUGAGUCAGAUCCUGUUUGCCCUCCAUUAAUUGGGAAGUCUGUCAGAUGCUGAUUUGAGAGCUGCCUGUCUUCCAGGUGGAUGUGGAAAAGGGGAGAGAAAAAUGCCAGUGCUUUCAACGGUCUAUUUCUGCAGCUGGCCAUUGCCAAGUCUUAUGAUGUUAUGAGUUUGCUUUCCUGUAGAGUUUCUUUGGGAAGAUGUUUGCUACUGAGAUGUGACCAUUGAGCUGCUGGGUCUUUAUUACUCUUCUAUAGUAAGUGUUCCAUGAGACUGUUUUUUGGUGUCCUGUCUGCCUCAUCUCACAAGAUAAAUAAUAUUGUCAGGUUUGUGGUUUCCUGAUGGUAUGGGGUGAGGUCCCAGUGUCUUGGUAGUUUAUAGGAUUGCCUCAUUGGAAGUAUUGGUCAUCUGCCUGAUGUCCUGCAUGGAAUGAAGAGUCUUCUUCCUUGUAGCUGAUCAGGGAGGAACCGUGCAUCAUUACCUAGCUGUAAAGAGGUAGCUCACACAAUGAGCUUUGCAGCUUAUGUGCAACCCACCUCUGAUUUGUCAUGUGGUGCCUCUUCUCUCUUUGGUUUCCAUGGCAGUAUUACCAACUAGGUAGGAUUAUGAUCCCAGAAAUUGGUUUAACCUGUGAGUCUUGCCUCUUGAGGGUGCAAGUAACUUGCCAUCUUAUGGAAAAGUGCUGCCCCACUGUAGAGCCUGAAGUCUGGAAUCCAUUGAUAUCCUCCAGUGUCUGAUAUGCAGCUACUUGGGAUCUCUUCUUUUUUCCAUUUCAGCCACCCAUAAUUUUUGAGUUAUUUUUUAGUUGUGUGUUUCCCUGGUUCUGGAUACUGUGGAAAAUAUGAGAGGUAGAAGACAUCUCUGGCCUCAGGGAGCUUUUAGGUGACUGCCACACAUGAAGCAGUUGGAAAAUGACUCACUGUGGCAGAGAGUCAAGGACUGUCUUUAAAGAUGUUUAGAGUGGGUAAGAUCAGGGUACACCAGCUGGUCUGGGAAAGCUCUGUGGCGAUGAGGCUUUGAGUUGUAAGCAGGACAGUGAGAUGAGAAAACAAGUGAACAGAAGUGAGGAAGCAGAAAUCUGCAUGGUGUGUACUCAACAGUGCACAGCCCCGUUCAAAUAAAGGAUUCUUUUUUAAAGACUUCUUUUUCAGACCAUAACUUCUUUUUCUAGACUGUAACUUCCCAAUCAUCAGGCAGUUGUGAAUGCUGAGGGGUUAUGAUGGUGAGGUGGAGCCAGAGCCAGAAGUCAGUAGGGCUCCUGGCCAUUGCAUUGGACCUCACUGUUGUCAGCUCAGGCCGUGUGAGGGGGCAGAGCCCCUGCACCCCCAGUGGUACUGGGGUUUCUACUGGAGAAUUCAUAUUCUCAGGUACAAAAACCAAACCAACUGAGGAGGCGUGAGUGAGCCAACUGCACGCCCCACCUUUCUCUUCCUGGGGAGGGCAGUGUUCAACUGUGUCUGUGCUUUAGUCACGGAGCCUCAUCCUUACUCAAUAGAGUGGGCUGCAAAACAGGGCAGUGCAGGAGGAGGCAGCCUCUGUGGGCUUGGUGUUUGUGCCUGCGUGGGCGGCCUUGGGGAGAGCACAGUGGGCAAGGGUGAGGAGGAGUGGGCAGCGCAGUUGUGGCACGCACCUGGCGAGCAUGAGCAGAGCAGGGGCAGCGAGCAGUGGGCAGCACUCACCCUUCACCUCUCGGCCAGCCCCCCCCACUUUGCCAGUGCUGUGCAGUGCUCAUUGAAAGGCAGUCUACAGAGGGAACCUAUUCCUUUCUGGUGGUUGUAUUUUGAAGCCGCAAACUGGAAAUGGUUCUCACUUCUAGGGCCCUGCCGUUGAUUUCUAAGCUGUGGUCUGGUGAUGUCAGUACCCUCAGGCCCUGCGUUUGUAACCUUCACUAAUUCAUGACUGAUCUACCGUAACCUUGCUCAGGACGGGUGUGAACCAACGUGAGCUAGUGACAACUACUGCUACAGCUUGCUGUCACUUGAACACAUGUGCUAUGUUGGGAGCACAGGAGUAGGGGCUUUGGUGUGGGGGACUAGUAAGUGGGUGACAACUGGCUCUUAGCAGUUUGAGACCAUUGGUGAUGAUCUUGGCCUGGUCACCUGCCCAUGCCUAGUUAAAGCAAAUGUAGUACCCUGGAACCUGAGCCGUGGACAGCAGCACCAGCCUCCUGAGAAGGAAGGUUUGGCAGGGAGCUCAACUCCACAGUUUGUACUCCUUUCUUCUUUCCUACUUUUCACUUAGGCUGACUAUGUAAGCCCCUUCUUGAGGUUAGGAAUGACACGGAGAUAGCUGCAAAUGUCCCUACAAUGUACAUUCAGGAAGAACUGGGGAGAGGGGGGUGGUUAUGGUUCCCAGAUCCAGGUGUGAGAGACUGGAGUAGCAUCAAAAGUGCCCUGGGGUACCAGCCUUGUCAGCCCUUAUCCCUGGGCCCCCAGAAGAGCAUGGCCUGCUUGAAGCCCUCUGGUCCCAGCAGGAAGUGGAGAUGGGAAGAAUUUUUUCCUUAGGUUAGAUCCUUCCCUUCCCCACUGCCUUUAUCUUAGCUUUUGAGCCCUGAAGUUAGAGGACUAGGCAUUGGGAUGUAGCUUUAUGGCUGCUGAAAGGAGGUCUGAAGAGAGAGAGAGAGAGAGAGAGUGUGUGUGUGUGUGUGUGUGUGUGUGUGUGUGUGUGUGUCUUCCUUCAUUUGCAGAAGUCGUGUGUGUGCUUGUCUGUGUGUGUGUGUGUGUCUUCAUUUGCAGAAGUCGUGUGUGUGUGUGUGUCUUCAUUUGCAGAAGUGUGUGUGCUUGUCUGUGUGUGUGUGUGUGUGUCUUCAUUUGCAGAAGUCUUGUGUGUGCUUGUCUGUGUGUGUGUGUGUGUGUGUCUUCAUUUGCAGAAGUCUUGUGUGUGCUUGUCUGUGUGUGUGUGUGUGUGUGUCUUCCUUCAUUUGCAGAAGUCGUGUGUGUGCUUGUCUGUGUGUGUGUGUGUGUCUUCCUUCAUUUGCAGAAGUCGUGUGUGUGCUUGUCUGUGUGUGUGUGUGUCUUCCUUCAUUUGCAGAAGUCGUGUGUGUGCUUGUCUGUGUCUGUGUGUGUGUGUCUUCAUUUGCAGAAGUCGUGUGUGUGCUUGUCUGUGUGUGUGUGUCCAUUUGCAGAAGUCUUGUGUGUGUGCUUGUCUGUGUGUGUGUGUGUGUCUUCCUUCAUUUGCAGAAGUCGUGUGUGUGCUUGUCUGUGUGUGUGUGUGUGUCUUCAUUUGCAGAAGUCGUGUGUGUGUGUGUGUGUCUUCAUUUGCAGAAGUCGUGUGUGUGUGUGUGUGUCUUCAUUUGCAGAAGUGUGUGUGCUUGUCUGUGUGUGUGUGUGUGUGUGUCUUCAUUUGCAGAAGUCGUGUGUGUGUGUGUGUGUGUGUCUUCAUUUGCAGAAGUCUUGUGUGUGUGUGUGUGUGUGUGUGUCUUCAUUUGCAGAAGUCUUGUGUGUGUGUCUGUGUGUGUGUGUGUGUCUUCAUUUGCAGAAGUCUUGCCACCAGUUGGGGUGUUGAGGGCAUCUCUAUUAGGGGUAGACCCAGCGUUUGUUUUCUACUUUUUAGAGAAUGACAUGCCCCCUGUCCGUAAGGGAGGAGCUUUUGAAUUAGACAUUUUCCCUAUGGGAAUCCUCUGUUUGGUUUGUGGGAAUGGGGGGAAUGGAUAAGUGAUUUUUAUCUCUAAUUGUCAACGCAGCUGUUCUUACACUGAAUUUGUGCUAUUGCAUACAUGUAGCCAUCUUUCUUUUCACUGCAGCAGUGUUUAUCAGUAGUUCAAAAUGAUUUAUUUGCUCCUGGGGAGUAAAACCUUUUUUAUUAAAAAAAGAAAAAGAAAAAAAAGAAAUGUGUGCUCCCCCCGCCCCCCACUAUGAUAGCUAUAGGAUUAUUGGACCACAGAGGUCAAGUCUGCAAGUCCCCAUGGUAGAUUCCAUAUCCUGUUUGACAUUGGAGCCUUCGUCCUCAGCACAAAGUGACAGGAGGCCUUGAGAAAUUUGAGAGCAAAGUCUUGGGAGGAGUGAGAUGGGGGUUAGAUCAUAGAGACAGGCACUGGGUACUCAAGUACUACAGUUAUAAAAAAGAGUAAGGAGUUGUAUUUAAAAUAUUGAUUCCCUAAUCUGCCAGAGAAAGACCUUUCUUUACAUGCAGAUUUCAUGUUGUCUUUGUCCUUUCCAUUGCUUUUUGACCCUCCUGGUAGGUGUUACCCAGUUUCUUCCUGUUUCCCUUCCUGUCUUUUCUGCACCUUCUCCCAUCCCUUCCCACUUCCACCUACCUCUGGGGAAGCCAGUCCUGCAUGCUGAGUUUGUGACAUGCCUUCACUCCUGUUACAUCUUAGAGGGUACCUGGAACUGCUCCCUUCCCCUCUCCUACCCCCACCCUCCUUGGCAGUGCCAAGAGACAUCAAGGGGCAGGCAAAGAGCAGCCAGCCGUGGUGGGGAGUGUGAAUGUUUGGUAGCAGCUGGACUGCGAUCAUGGUUGUUCCUGAAGAUGGAGUGUAAGGAAAACUUAGGACACUCUUCAUCAGAAUUCAGGAUAAUUACAAACCACACAGCCCUGCUCAAGCUGUGUCCUUGGCACCCUCACCAGCUCAGGUGGAGGGAGGGUUCGUCUGACCACUCCAUCUCUGGUGCUUGCUUGAACAGGAGUCUGCCCCUCACUGUUAGGCCCAGAACCUUGUCCAAGGGACAAGCAGGAUCCAGGCACUGCUCUGUGGUUGGCUGGUCGUUGCAAUGCCCAGACUGGUGCUGGCAGUGGCACAGCCUCUGCUGUACAUUUUUGCUGGUUUUUAAGAAACUCAGUGAAGAGGGGUGCCAUUCUGGGCUCAGGGUGGUUGCCAGUUCUUUAUGAGGAGUGGAGCCACAUACACCUGCAACCACUUCUGUCCUCUAGCCAGUCCUGCCCUCCUCCAAGCCAAAGCGUGGCCUGGCUUUUGUCUUCCCAUUUAGUUUUCCUCCUUUACUCUCCCGUUUUGUGCUUAAUUUAUUAAAAUAAUUGCUGUAUAAUUUAUUUUCAUAAACUAUAAAAAAUUACUAAAUGUUUAAAAUAGACUUGCAGGCCAAUCUUAAAUGGGGUGGGAGGGUCUGAGGGUGGGAUGGGGAACGGGAAAGAUGUUUUGAUAUAAACAAAACAAAUGCACUUUGGCUGUGUUUCGGUAUUUUUCUGGGGCUAGAGGGGAUGGGUGUUGGGAUGUCCCUAUAGAUUAGUUCCAGAAUGGGGUGUCUGUAUAUAUUGUAAUAAUAGGCAUGUUUGACUCUCGUAAAGGGACAGUAGUAGCUGCUGCAGGUCCUGUUUGGAAACCCCAUGUACAAUUCCCAGUUUUUUGUAAGUGUCAGUGCGGGAGACAUUUGACUCUUGUGUUUGUAUCUCCUUUUUAUGAUUGCUGUACCAACCCAUGUCUUUUUGGGGAGGGGUGAAAUGAGAUUUGAAAUAAAAAUGUUUAGAAAUUA